GAGCUUUACUUUGAGCCCGAGACCUUAGGAUCCUUGGCAACACGACGCUUGAUAACAGUCUCGACAGAACGCAAGUGCGGAUUCUGCAGAUGACAGCUCAGUGACAGACUCCUAAUGUCGCUCAAAAGCACAUAUUUCAGCCCACCAGCAAAAACAACCGGCAAACACUGUGACAAAGCGCAGGAAUCGAGAAUGACACACGACUCACCUCAGGAUGGCAGUGAGUGCGGAUCUGCCCGGCGCGCGAGCAGGGAGUGGUGGCUUCACGUGGCUCUGUUGUGCGUUCCUCUGCUCGCGGUGUAUCUUCACAUCCCUCCGCCACAGCUCUCACCUGCGCUCAACAGCUGGCGCACUUCCGGUCACUUCUUCACAUUCAGAGGCAAUCACAUCUUCUAUAAAGAGUCAGUUGGUGUGGUGGGAAGCUCUGAUGUCCUGUUGCUGCUGCAUGGUUUUCCUACUUCUAGCUAUGACUGGUAUAAGAUCUGGGAUCCUCUGACUCAACGCUUUAACAGAGUCAUUGCUCUCGACUUCCUGGGCUUUGGUUUUUCACACAAACCGCGACCGCACCGUUACUCCAUCUUCGAGCAGGCCAGUGUGGUGGAGACCCUAGUUGCUCAUUUGGGUCUGUCAGAGCAAAGGAUCAACAUCCUGUCACAUGACUACGGAGACACUGUAGCUCUCGAGUUACUGUACAGGAGUGACCAUAACAGAAGCGGACACAUCACGAUAAACAGCCUCUGCCUCUCAAAUGGAGGAAUAUUCCCUGAGACCCAUUAUCCGAGAUUCCUUCAGAAAGUUCUGAAGGACUCUGGUUUCAUUUCACCUGUACUUACACGCCUAAUAAACUUCCAGUUUUUCUCUAGAGGAAUAAAGGAUGUGUUUGGACCAUACACCCAGCCAACAGAAGCAGAGUUCUGGGACAUGUGGACAGGCAUUCGCUUUAAUGAUGGAAAUCUGGUCAUGGACAGGUGUCCUAACUUCUCCAUGUGUUGCACCUGCAAUGCUUUGCCUUUAAUAAUAACUGUCACCAAUUAUUUGCUUAAACGCUCGGCCAUGGGCAGUGCUAUUGAGUUGAUAAAUCACUUCAAUUUGUUUAUUGUGCAAAUUAUUUAUUGUCCACUAGAUCCAGUUAAUCCACAUCCUGAGUUUAUCCAGCUCUACCAGAAAUUAGUGCAGAGAUCCACCGUAUCGGUUCUAGAUGAGCAUGUGAGUCAUUAUCCACAGCUGGAGGAUCCCACUGGAUUCUUUAAUGCCUACCUCAGCUUCAUCAACUCAUUUUAAGAUGAGUAAUGAGGGGAAUAUUGCCUCAAAUAAGUUAUUAGAUAUUCAAAUCCAUUUAACAAACCACAGAGUGUGUGAAAUGUCAGUCAUGUGUUUAAAUGCAUGAAACCGAAAGUAUUGCACCAAAUACCCAAACAGUCAUUACAACAGAGUUUGCUCAAAUACAAAACCAUUACUUGUAAAUACAUUUGUGUUCAAUGCAUGAAUGCUUUUAUUCAAAUAAAAAGGUAUUUGUA